UAUCUUUACAGAAACCGUAAAGAGAUGGACCAGUACCGCAACUUUAUUUCCGAUGAGGAACCAUGUACCAUAACCAUAGUACAGCUCACCGAUUCCACUGUGUCUAUUGAAAGUAAUUACGACAUUGUAGGUUGCUUUGAAGAGGACUACAUAGAUGGUGAAAUAGUAAAUCUACAGUCACUAUUUGAAGAUAAUUUGGAAAUUAAUAUUGAAGACGGGAAAGAACCAGACGAUAACGCAUGUGAAGAAAUAAGCGGAGAUGUUUCCCUAAAUUCCAAUAAUAACGAAAUUCAGAUGGACGAGUUAUUGCAAGAGCUAAGAUCAAAAUUUGGACUAUAUUCCGGGGAAGAAGAAUGUUUCCCCAGUAAUCCGCUAAUAAAUGAGAAUUUAGGUUAUGAAGAUUUCUUACCAUUAUGUUCAGAGAGCCGAAUUGGCAGAGUCGACUGGUGUACAUGUGAAAAUUGUGUGACAAUGCCCACCAACCUUGAAUCGAUAUGUUGCAAAGAAGUUGAAAAUGCAACUCCGUACAUCUGUAGUUUCCAAUGUAUCACACAGCAUGAAUUUUUUUCUAUUUUUUGUCAAAGAGAAGACACAGUCAACGUAGUUUUACGAAUUGUGGGACAGUUACAAAGACCACCUCCCAAAAAACAAGAAAAUCGGCACCAUCGUAAAAUUGCCUACAGAUCUUUCACAGCCUGGGUUCAUGGAUACCUAGGCAUUGGUAAUCGCAGACCUAUACCUUCUUGUGUAGUUAAUAAAGUGCGUACUUGUUUUCCUGACCCUGAUAGUGAAUAUACUGGAUUCAAGGAAUGCAACGAUCACCCCGCUGAAUUUAUGGCAUUCGAGUAA